AAGCUGCUCGAGUUAGCCCGUGUUUUCUCUUCCUCAGGACAGAAGCUCAUGAUGACGGAGAGCGUGCGGCGCCUGGUGUCCAAAGACGGCCACAGUAACGUGAAGAUCGAUAACGUGGAGGGAAUGAUCAAGCUGUUCUUGCACGACAUCUGGACCACGGUGGUGGACAUCAAGUGGCGUUACAAGAUCACUCUGUUCGCCUCCACCUUCGUCAUGACGUGGUUCGUGUUCGGCGUGGUGUUCUACCUCAUCGGCCUGAGCCACGGCGACUUCGACUCGGACCCGUCCUCCAAUCACACGCCGUGCGUGAUGAACGUGGACUCGCUAACCGGCGCGUACCUGUUCUCCCUGGAGACCCAGAGCACCAUCGGCUACGGCUUCCGGCACGUGUCCGAGGAAUGUCCUCUCGCGAUCCUGACGCUAGUGCUACAGCUGGUGCUAACAGGGCUAGCCGAGAUCUUCGUCACCGGUGCGUUUCUCGCUAAGCUAGCGCGACCGAAGAAGCGCGCGGGCAGCAUCCGGUUCAGUCGCGUGGCGGUCGUGUGUGUGCGCGACGGGAGGCUACGACUCAUGGUACGCGUCGCUAACCUAAGGAACAGCCUGUUGAUUCAGUGCCAGCUCUCGGGGAAACUUCUAUCCAAUCGCGUCACGCAAGAGGGAGAGAAGAUCCUCCUUCAUCAGGAGAGCGUCGACUUCCAGCUGGACUCGUGCGGAGAGUGUCCGUUCCUCUUGCUACCGCUAACCUUCUCGCACGCGCUGGACGAGAGAAGCCCGCUAGCGAACCUCACGGCGGACGAGCUCCUGAGACGAGAGUUCGAGCUGCUCGUGACCCUGAACGGGACCGUCGAGUCCACGGCCUCCUCGUGCCAGAGCCGAACCUCAUACACGCCUCAGGAGAUCCUGUGGGCUCACGAGUUCGCGCCGGUGCUGUCGCACACGCGCGGGGGCAAACUCACCGCGGACUUCAGCGUCUUCGACAGGGUGACGCUGUGCAGCGAGCCGCCGACGAGCCCCUGCGCCGCGGAGAAGCUCCAGCUGGAGGAGGAGUACAGGCGGGAACGAGGAGGAACGUCUGAGUGACGAACACGACACAAACACUCGCUUCACUCCGCAUUCCUGUUGAUGGAAGUCAAUCGGGAAUGAUUUAUCUGCGACUUUAUUUUAAGUGUGAUUUAUUCCUGUGAUCAAAGCUGCAUUUAUUUAAUUAAAAAUACUGGAAAAAUCACAAAAUAUUACUCC